AAAUUACUAUUUUACCAUUAGUGGAAAAGUCAUGGGGCCAUUUUGAUAUUAACAAACAAUAGAGGUACCAAAUGUCAAACUUACAUCUCGAUUUACAAACCCUAGCCAACACUCUCCUUUCCCAUUUGCAUCUACUCCCCACUGCGUAACCGCAACAAAAAUCGCCGGAUACUCCACACAUUUGAUGGAAUCUCACUCAAGCUGCAGGAGGAAGGAGCGCGAGCGGCGUAUGGAUUUCGUGCCCGACGAGUCCGCCAUUAGAGUCGACCGCAUCGAGGUUGAUCAGUAGACGGUUGAUUUUCUGGAAUCGCUUGGCUUGAAGGACCUGCCAGAUGUCGUCCUCAGAGAAGACCAGGCACCCAUAGGUGUUGCUCCGCCUAACUUCAGCAGUGGAAGCGCCGGGAGAUUCGGAGAGGCAUGAGAACCAGGUUGAUCCAAAAUGGUUUCUACACGAUCUUCCGCCCUUCAACCAGAAACACACAAUUCACAACCCAAUUCUCCUCAAAAUAUACCAAACACUACGACGCAAAUCCCAUCAACGGUUGACCCCAUAACAAUGCAACUGGCUUCCAUUGCCUCUCGUCUUGAUAUGAUGGACACACUUGUGGCAGAUGUUGCAGCACUUAAAGCUACUGCCAAUGGGGCGACGCUUCCUGAUUUUAUCCCACCAGCAACCAGCAAAGGCAAAACAAAGGAGUUCCACUCCAGAUCUCGCGAACAAGGACGAUCUGUUCAAUCAGAAGCCGAAGAAGAAGAUGCUGAUAAUUCAUGGUGGCGACGGAACCCAACUCAUCGUCCACACACGAAAAUGGAAUUUCCCCGAUUUGAUGGUGGUGAUCCACGUGGUUGGAUCCUGAAGGCGGAAAAGUAUUUUCGCUACUACCAAACUCCUGAAGAAAUUAAAGUUGAUGUUGCGGCUAUGUAUCUUGAAGGAGAUGCCCUUGAUUUGUUUUUGUGGCUUAACAAUGAAAGAACAUUAGUUUAUUGGGAAGAACUGGUGAAAGCUUUACAAGAAAAUUAUGGUCCGGCGGAAUUUCAGAACCCUGAUGAACAUUUAUGUAGCAUCCACCAAACAGGAACUAUUCAGGAGUAUCGGCAAGAAUUUGCAAAACGCUCGGCGAGGGUUUCAAAUUGGCCAGAUCAUUGUCUGUUGGGUGUCUUUCUAAACGGAUUGAGGGAGGAUCUUAAAGCUGACGUUCGGAUACACAAAUCUCGUACGGUAUAUAAAGCCAUGAGUUUGGCUUUGGAGUUUGAAUCUAAAAUAUGUUCAAAUAGGACGAACAGGGUAUCUAACUAUUCCAGUGCUCCUCGACCUAAUAACAUUCCAUUCUCUCCACGAGUUCCUUUCCCACGCGACGGCCAACCCGCAGGGAAUAAUCUCCAAGGAAAUCCACGGCCAAUGCCUACCCCAAAUUCAACUCGUACUUGGGAGAGCGAGCGGCAGAAUCGAAUUGCCAAGGGCUUGUGUUUUCGCUGUAAUGAGAAAUUUGGUCCAGGCCAUCGAUGCAAAACAGGUACUCUUUCACUCUUAGAAAUUGCAGACGAGGGAGAAGAUGCGGGUAGAGACGAACAUGCCUUACCGGAAGAUGAACCUGAGGGUACAACACAAGCCAACUUUGCUGAGAUUAGCUUUCACGCAAUACUGGGAAAAUCAAAUCGGACUACAAUGAAGCUUCAAGGCACUCUCGGCAAUAAAGAAGUCCUUAUACUCAUCGACAGUGGUUCAACACAUAAUUUUGUGGCUGAAAACAUUAUCGACGACGUCAAACUUCCAACCCAAUUUGUUCCAUCUUUCGGAGUACAAAUCGGCAAUGGAGAAGUGAUUCGUUGCAACCGAAUUUGCCGAGAUGUGGUGGUGCAAUUACCAGGACUGAAAAUAACACAAGAUUAUUUUCCUUUCUCAAUUAAAGGAGCUGACAUGGUGUUGGGAAUACAAUGGCUUGCAUCAUUGAAUACUGUACAAGCUAAUUGGCAGGAGAUGUUUCUCAUCUUUGAAUUGAACGGACGAAAAUACAAGUUGCAAGGAGUACCUCAACAAGCACAAUCAGCGGCAACAUUUCAAUAUCUGGCAAAUGAGGAGACUCGGCAGACUCAAAUUUCAUUCUUGGGUCAUGUGGUGUCAGCCGAAGGUGUGGCGGUGGAUCAAGAUAAGAUUCAAACUGUCCAGGAAUGGCCGGUGCCUUCAAACGUAAAGGAGUUACGCGGAUUUUUGGGGUUAACAGGAUAUUACCGUCGAUUUGUAAAAAACUAUGGUCUUCUUGCCAGACCAUUAACUGAUCUUACAAAGAAAAAUGCAUUCCGAUGGUGUCCAACAGCUGAUGAUGCUUUCCAGCAACUCAAAGGUGCUCUUACAUCAGUCCCUAUUUUGCGCCUUCCUGAUUUUGCUCUAUCAUUUACAGUGGAAUGUGAUGCGUUGGAAGGAAUUGGAGCCAUACUUCUUCAAGAGGAUCAUCCCGUGGCUUAUUUUAGUAAGGGAUUUUCAUUCUCCAACCGUUUGAAAUCCACGUAUGACCGGGAAUUGCUCGCUCUUGUGCUGUCUUUGAUGAAAUGGAAACAUUAUCUCUUAGGACGGCACUUCUUUGUCCAGACAGAUCAUUUCAGCCUUAGAUUUUUACUUGAGCAGCGAGUUACAACAAAUGAACAGCAGCGGUUACUUAUGAAGCUGCCACCGUUUAACUUCUCAAUUAUUUAUAAGGCUGGAAAAGAGAACAAGGGUGGAAAAGAGAACAAGGGGGCAGAUGCACUUUCUCGUCGUCCACAACAUGCAGAGUUGCUUACCUUGGCAAUUCCUAUUUCCUUCGAUUUUGCGGACUUGCAGCAGGCACUCCGGAUAGACCCUUUCACCAGUAAGAUUAUGGAGUCACUUUCUCAGGAUUCCACUUCUCAUCCUCAUUUCCAGGUCGUCGAUCAGAAAUUAUAUUACAAAAGCCGCCUGGUGAUUCCUGAUAAUGUGCAUUUGCGGCAAAAACUUUUGUCCGAGUCUCAUGACACUUUAGCUGCUGGUCAUGGCGGAUACUUAAAAACUCUCAGUCGGCUCUCUUCUAAUUUCUUUUGGGCAGGUAUGAAACACGAUGUUAAGCAUUAUGUUCAAAAUUGUUUAACUUGUCAGCAAAAUAAGUAUCAGACUUUGGCUCCAGCCGGUCUUCUUCAACCCCUUCCUGUACCGAAUAAAAUUUGGGAAGGUAUCUCUUUAGAUUUCAUUGUUGGUCUUCCCAGAUCAAAAAAGUUUGAUACCGUUCUGGUGGUCGUUGAUCGGCUUAGUAAGUAUGCUCAUUUUAUCCCACUUUCUCACCCAUUUACGGCGAAAGUAGUGGCUGAAAAUUUUUGCAGGGAGAUUAUUAGACUUCAUGGCAUUCCUAGGUCAAUCCUUUCGGACCGAGAUGUCAUAUUUCUUAGUAAUUUCUGGCAAGAACUGUUCAAGUUGAGCAAAACUCGCUUACAGAUGGGGACAGCAUACCAUCCACAGUCCGAUGGUCAGACGGAGGUGGUUAACCGAUGUCUCGAAACAUACUUGCGUUGCUUUGCACAUGAACAACCUACUCAAUGGAGUGUUUUUCUUCCCUGGGCAGAAUAUUCUUACAAUACCGGGUUUCAUACUUCCACUGGAACCACACCGUUUAACAUUAUCUAUGGUCGCGAUCCGCCACCACUCCAUCCCUUUGUUCCGGGCGAAACGAGUUUGGUUGAGUUAGAAGAGCAGCUGCUUCUUCGCGAUGACAUGCUCAAAUUACUGAAAUCAAAUCUCUUGAAGGCUCAGUCACGAAUGAAAGCACAGGCGGAUUCCAAGCGACGAGAGUUAAGUUUCAAUAUCGGGGAUUCUGUCUUUUUGCGCAUUCAACCGUAUCGUCAGCUUUCCCUGGCUAAACGCCGAUAUGAAAAACUUUCUCCUCGAUUUUUUGGUCCUUACAAGAUUAUUCGGCGAGUCGGCUCAGUAGCAUAUGAAUUGGAACUUCCUACUUCUUCCAAGAUUCAUCCGAUCUUCCAUGUUUCGCUACUUCGCCCAGCCUUCGCACAAACACCUGCUUGUCCAGCCCCUCUUCCCAUCAGCACUAAUUGGGAGCUCAUUCUAUUCCCGGCAGCAAUACUGUCUCACCGUUGGAUUAAAGAAGGCGGUGUUUCCAUCUUAUUAUUGUUGGUGCAAUGGAAAGAUCGACCUAUAGAAGAAGCUAGCUGGGAAUACUAUGAUCUUAUUGCCGGACAGUUUCCAUCAUUUCGCCUUGAGGACAAGUCGAGUUUUCAGGGGGAAAGUACUGAUAAGAUUCCACCUCUUCAAGUAUAUUCAAGGAAGAAACCGAUAGCACGUGAUAAGGAGCAGAUGACAGAAACUGAAUUGCAGUUAUUGGGUUUAAAUUAUCCAGAUAAGAUCCUGGAUAUUCUCAAAUAAUCUUAUCCCCUAUUUUUAGGAACUUAGUUAUGUCUAGCAGUUAUCCUAUGUAUUAUAAAUAAUUAGGGAAUUGUAAUUUUAGGAUCAUCGAUUGAAAUUGUAAUCUGAAUGUACUAUUGGAGAUUUGUCUUCUCGAACUUGACAAAGGUUAAUAGUUGUAUUUGUGUUUAAGAUUCUUGCACUUU